AUUAACACACCUUUGUUCGAUGAGAGUCUUGGGUCCCGAUCCUACCGCAGCACCGCAGGUGGCACGGACUUCCAGUAGGAACCUAUAGAUCGGAUUGGUUCUCUUAAUGUGAAAGCAGCUUGGUUUUGACCUCAAAGACGUGUAACGGCACUGACAUCGUGCACCGCGUUGUGCAGGAACCUCUUAGACUAGCCUGAGAUGCUAGGUGGAUGGUACGGUCCUUAUAAACCCCCACCUCAAGUCGACCCUUUCCCCACCUUCAUACCCUGGAUGAGAUAGCUGCACUCUUCCCCGUCGUGUUCUAGACGUUAUACCCCUCAGAUUUCAUCUUACGCCCACAUUUACCCUCCAAAGCGAUGUCUCCAGCCACCUUCUCUCCGACAUCGGAGCUGUGCGACCUCUUCCUUAACUAUGACCUGUGCGCUCCUCAUAUGGAUGAGGUCGAACAAGGUCAUGCCAGGCCCUCCGGUUCAUAUGGGAGUGAUAGCUCCCUCGAGGGCAUAGGCACCGACCUGGAGUCUUGCCUCCUACCCGCAUUUCCCCCGCCAUUGUCACCGUUCUUCGGCGUCGCAUCGCUCCCUCCUCCUCCGACGGAAGAGGUUCGGGGUAUAUCGCAGCUCGUUCUCGAGCCAAUGGUAGGCGGAGGGUCGCUGGGGCUUGAUAUAUUGGGGGUGCCGCUGCUGUCGGAAGCGCCCGAGACCUCGGAGCCCGUGCCCCUCUGGCCACAGCCGCUCCCCGUAUAUAUGCCGCCCCCGACUAAUGGUCCCGUCGGCCAACUCGCGUCUGAAGCCGGGGAUGCCUCACGCAGAGGGAUGUCGUCCACGGGCUCUCCAUACCAGAGCACUCCGCCCUCAAGACGGGUCCGGAUUAAGCGCGACAGGCGGAAACACUCUCCGUACGCCACCCCGUGCCUAACCCCCUCCUCGAGCAUCUCCUCGCCGCCAUCGUCAGCGCCAGUCACCCCCGCCCCCCAGGCUCCGGAGCUAGGCAUUUCGGGAAAGCCUCACGGUCUUGGCCUGAAAAUCAGCCGGCCCCGCAACGUCCAAGUGGACGCGCGCUCGUCGCCGCCAGACGCCGCGGCGCACGCAGACGCCUGGCAGUGCCCGCACUGCGACUUCGUGCAGCUAGACCGCAGCAGGUCCCAGCUCAAGAGGCACAUCCGCACCCACACGGCCAACGUGUGGGACUGGGUGUGCACUGGGGUCCCCCAGUCUGACGCCGCGAAGUACGGGCUCUCGCAGGAUCAGGUGGACGCGUACGUUCGUGAUGGGCGCGUCAUGCGGUACGAUGGCAGGGAUAUGGUGGGAGGGUGCGGGCAGGCGAUCACCAGUCGGAAGGAUGCGCUGAAGAGGCACUUGAAGAGCGCGGGGUGCCCCGGCGACCAUAACGGGGAGUGGUUGCUGGGGAACAAGCGUCGGUAGCCCAGGACUGUGUAGGAGUUCGGACGAUGCGAUCGGCGAGAUCCUUCGGGACCUGGUGUCGCCUGCUGAAAUACAUUGCUUCCCCGCUGUGCUCGUAUGUUCUUCAGUCUCCUCGUCAUAUCAUGUCUCGAUCGGACC